GAAAAACUGAGUGAGUGAUGAAAAAACUGAUUCAUUUUAUGCUUUUCAUUUCCAGGAAGUACUAGAACCAAGGAAGAAGCUCCUGGUGUUCCGGGAUUUGAGUUUCCACUGCGAACCGAGGCAGACAUUGAACGGCUAGAGGCUGACGUGGCCACUGAUCGACUAAUUCGGUCGGAAUACGUGGAUUUCCUGAAGAAAAUUAGGCAACCAAACGAUGACAUUGAGAGUGUGUUGAAGAAAAUCUUCUACGACGAGGCACUGCUGAACUACAACUUCAACGGAAGGUGCAACAUUCCAAACUUGAAGAAGCGCGCGAUGAAGGAUUACACCAUUUUUGUGGGCUGUUUGCAAGAAGCAUGGAAUAGGUAUGGAGUUACACAGGAACAAAUUGCUCAGGCGCUGACAAAAAUCAUCAAAACAAUGAACAAUCGAAUACGAAUUCGUCGCCACAAAGAGAAACAUCGCAGUGUCUAUAAUAUUGAAAAAGUGACAUUGGUGGAGGAUAGACAUGUUGAAUAAAAAGCUUUAGAAAAAUAAAGUGUUUACUUAUGUGGAUGCUAGUUUGAUUAGUAUUGAUAUUAUAUUAAUAACUUUAAUUUUCUUUUUCACAGGCAGGAAAUCGAGUUCAACCAAAGGAUUCAAAUUUCCACUUAUCGAUUCCGACACGGUAAUUCGACUGGAGAAAGAAGUUCGCAGUGAUCCCAAAAUCAAGCGCAAAUAUAUCAACUACUUGCGGCGCAUAAAAUCCGCCCGCCAGCACAUCCACGACAUCUUCUACAAGAUCUGCCUGGACGAGGCCAUCUAUCGCCACUUCAGUUGGUCCGCGUCCAACAAGCAGGACCCGCUGAACCAGCGUGAAUCGAUGAAAAAUUACAUGAUUUUCGGACCCUGUAUGCUUGAGGCUUGGAGCGACCACGGACUGACCGAGGCCGAGAUAGCGUCCAGCAUGAAGAACGCGGUUAAGCGGAUUCACGUGAAGCACAACGUUCGCAAUUUUCGCGCCAAUAAAAGUGGCACCGGAGUUGUGGUGAAAAGUUUGAUGGAAACUUGAGUGGAAAUAUAGAAUAUAUUAUUAUAAAAUGCUUUCUUUUGAGUACAUUUUUGAUUUAAAACAUCCUGUUUAAUAUUUUAUUAAAAUUUAAUAUUUUAAUUAAUUUUAUUUAAGUUCGUAAGGGGUAUGUGAGUUUAUAUUCUAGUACUACACUUGGAGACCAGACUGUAAUAUUAAACUGCAGAUUGAAUACUUUCACUUUCGGCUACUGUUGGACCAUUCAGCGAGACUAACUGCGCGAGACUAACUGCGCAGCAAAUCGAUGAAGGAGUACCAGAACUUCAACAACUGCAUGCUGGAAGCGUGGCGUGGUCGGGACGCCGAUCAAACGGUCCCAAGGGAAUCCGGCACGUGUUGCGAAGACUGCAGAACUGGGCAAAAAAAGAACCGACCGGGGUUGGGCUGUGGACGUGAAUCUUAAUAAAACUUAAUAUUUCAUCUCGUACGAUUUUUUUGAAUUUAAAAACUGAUCAUUCUAGUACUUCAAUUAACUGAACUUAUAUUUUCCCCGUUAAAUUUCAGCUAAACAAAUAGCCAAAAUGCGGAACCGAGUGCAGAGUAACAUUCGUAUGAAAGCGGAAAAACACAAACUUCAGAUUUCGAAACAUGUACUGAACGCGGCCAUCGUCGCCGGGUCAUCCGUGGCCAGUUCGAAACCGGUCAAGGUGAACGGUUUCGUGUUCCCGCUGACCUCGAUGGACGACAUCGAGCGGCUCGAGGAGGUGGUACGAGCAGAUUUUGCUAUUCGCGAGCAGUAUGUCGAAUAUCUCGCAUCGCGGAAACCACCUUCGGUGGAUGUGUCGAACUUCUUUUCGUACCUUUUCACCGACGAUGCCCUGAUAAAUUACAACUUUUCUGGCGCAAACAAUGUCGGCGACCAAAAGAUGCCAAUGAGAAAUUAUUCUAUUUUUACCGACUGUAUGAUUGAUCUGUUCAAAAUCACAUCCAGAAGGAUUGUCCUGCACAAACCGAAGGUGGAAAAUGAGCAGCAGCAGCGGUACGAACCUUCCGGCGACCAGGGCGAGCUUAAGUACAGCUUCCUAACCAGCCGCAAGGGAGGGGUGCACCUGGUGCACGAAAACUUUAUCUAUCGCUCCAACAUGCGCCGGUCGGGCCCGAACAAGCAGAUUCUCUACUGGGAGUGCAUCCACAAUCGGUCGGAAAAGUGCCGCGGACGGGUUAAGAGCGUCGGCGACUAUCUGUACAUCUCGAAUGGCAACGUCGAACACAACCAUCAUCCGGACGUUCAUCGAGUUCUUAGCGCACAAAAUUCGGGACAUUUGUGCUUGAGAUCGUUUAAAUCGCUUGGAGAUGGAACAAAAUAAAAUAAUUAUAAAAAGCGUUCAACUUCCCUUUGAUUUUUCUUUGCAGUACUAGAUUGGAAAGGUUCAGAAUUCAAUUAAAAUUCAUUCCCUCUCUAUUCUUUCAGUUUUACAACCACACGAUACAGUGGAACCGUCGGUAUGGUACACCGUGGAACUUCAAAUGGUUGAAAAUCGGCGGGGAAGCCUGAAUCUUCUGUUUAGAGACUACAAGUAUAACGAGGUUUGGAAGAGCAAAGCUAAACUUGCCAAGAACAACAACUCAACGACUAUCUGGAGAUGUUCCAGAAAGGACAAGGGUUGUUUGGCGCGGCUCACCACGCGUGCCCACAAUCAACUCAAGCUUGGGCUUCAUCCACACAACCAUCUUCCUAUUCCCUCAAAGAGAUCCAGCAGGAAACCUUUAAUUCAAUUGCCAGCAUUUGUAGAUAUCAAGCAAGAACCUGUCGAUAAUUAGGCUUAUUCAAAUAAGAGCAAGAAAAAAAUAAAUCAUAAUCUAGUACUGCAACAAAAUAAAUCAUUUCAUUAAGUUAACACAUUAAAACAUACAAAUUUGUGUAGUACUAGAUCGACUUUAUUAUAAUACUAAUUUAUAUUCUUUCCUGUUUCAGUGCUGCAAACGUACGGGGCAAUGCAACCAUCUAUAUGGUACACCGUGGAUCUGCAAUUGGUCGAGAGCCGGCGGGGCAACCUGAAUCUCCUCUUUCAAGACUACAAAUUCAGCGAGGUUAAAGUAAGAACAAAUGCGAUCAAACCAAGAAAGAUAAUAAACGACAGCGACCAAAAAACCACGUGGCGCUGUUCCAGAAGAGACAAGAAUUGUUCGGCGCGGAUUACCACCCGUGGCCACAAUCAACUCAAAAUCGGACCCACACCGCACAACCAUCUCCCUGCUGUUGGAAGGGGACGUGACAUCAAACCUUUGAUUCGAUUGCCAGAACAUUUCGAACACCAACCUGUCGAUAUCAAAGACGUGGUAAAGCUCGAGUGAAACAAAAUACUGUGAUCUGCAAAUUAUUCAAUAAAAUUAUGUAAUCUAGUACUGCACUUAUAUAAAGAGUAUUGUUUAUGCUGAAUUUCAAUUGAAGUACUAGCUUAUCCUUCAAACUAACGCUUGUCUUUUCCCAUUUCAGUGUGGCACGGUGCAAUGCAGCCCUCGACGUGGUACACGGUGGAACUGCAGAUGGUCGAGAAUCGACGAGGGAAUCUAAACCUGCUGUUUGAGGACUACAAGUUCAGCGAAGUUAAGGAGAGCAAAAACGCAAUCCCAAAGUUCAAUCGUAGAACCACCAACGAAACCACAACCUGGAGAUGUUCUAGAAGAGACAAGGGUUGUCUGGCGCGGCUGACCACCCGGGGCCAUAAUCAGCUGAAGCUUGGACUCAAACCACACAACCAUCGCCCUGGAGUUAAAAAGGGAAAAGGCGCAAGACCGUUGAUUCGAUUGGCACAUCCAAGCGAUAUUCAACACGACGCUGUCGAUAUUACAGACGUGGUGAAAUUGGAGUGAAAACAUAACUGUGAUUUUCAAGUCAUUCAAUAAAGUGUUGAAUUCUAGUACUACAUCAACAUACAAUAAAUCACGUUUUUUUUCUACAGUAAUUUACAAACAAUAAAAAUCGGUGGUACUAGAUUGGGUUCAACUAAAACUUUUAUUUUUUUCUUUUCAGUUUUGCAACCGAACGAACCCAUGAUACCAACCGUAUGGUACAUUGUGGAACUGCUAAUGGUCGAAAAUCAGCGGGGAAGUAUGAAUCUGUUGUUUCAAGACUACAAAUACUCCGUGGACAGGAUAAACAAAAAUAAAACCACCAUGUGGAGAUGUUCCAAAAAGAACAGAGGAUGUUUGGCGCGGGUUAACACUCGUGGAAACAAUCAGCUCAGAAUUGGAAUUCAUCCACACAUUCAUGGUCCUGUUUCGGCGGAAGAGAGCGGAAAAUUUGGACUGCCAGCGUCCAGAGAUAUUGAACGCGAACCUUUCGAUAUUAAAGACGUUUUAAAGCUUGAGUUAAAUUAACACUGUGAUCUGCAAGUAGCUAAAUAAACUGUAAAAUCUAGUACUGCAUUUGUUACCUUCAAUGAAAAUUUUAAUAUAAUAUUUUACCAUAAACAUUGACAAUUAUCCUCUGCUGUAGUACUAGAUUAGGUUUGUUUCAAUACUAACGCGUAAUUUUUUCUCAUUCCAGCUUUUCAACUUUACGAGCCAAUGGAACCAAAGGUAUGGUACACCGUGGAACUGCAACUGGUCGAGAAUCAGCGAGGCUAUAUAAAUCUCCUGUUCAGAGACAACUGGUACGGCGAAGUUCGCAGAAAAGAACAAAAGAGCUGCAGUCAGACUACGACUUGGAGAUGUUCCAGGAGGUCCAGGGGUUGCAUGGCACGCGUUACAACAUGCGGACGCAAUCAACUCAAAAUGGGAAUCCAUCAGCACAACCAUCCGCCAGUUGUUUUGAAAGCAAAUAGAAAUAAACCCUUCGUUCCGUUGCCAGAAUUUUGCAAUGUUCAACCUAAAUCUGUUGAAGUCGAAGACGUAGUCAAGGUUGAGCCCUGUGAUUAGUAAAUAAAUGAUAUUUUAGUUGUUAACUGACAUUUUGAAUUUAAUAAAUUUUUGAAUGGUUCUAUUUUAGUAGUACUAGAUUGCUGGUUUUACAUUACUAACGUGUACCUUUUCUUCCAUUUUCAGUCUUGCAACCAGAUCAGCCAAUGGUACCUAAGAAAUGGUACACCGUGGAGAUUCAAAUGGUCGAAAACCUAAGGGGAAAUUUCAGUCUUCUUUUUCAAGGCUACAAGUACGUCAAAGCUGUGGAUACAUCGAACGGGACUUCUUACUGGAGGUGUCCCAAAAGAACCCUAGGCUGCCGAGCACGCGUUGCCAUACGUGGUCAUAAUCAACUCAAAAUUGGUCUCGAUUAUCACAACCAUCCUCCUGUUUGUUCGGGCGUCAAACAAUUGGUUCCGUUGCCAGUGAUCCAGAAUUUCGGCGAAGUCCAACAUAAUCCUGUAAAAAUUGAAGAUAUUGUUAAGCUUGAGCCCUGUGAUUUGUAAGCUAUAAAAUGACAUUCAGAAUAAAACAUUUCAAUGAA